AUGAGCGCCACGACGGGCACGGGCGCGGCCCCGGCGUCCAAGGUUCCGACCUUGAAGGUGGGGUCGCGCGUGGAGGUUCCCGAGAAGGGACGAGGCACAGUACGCUUCGUGGGCGCAGUCAAAUUUUCAUCAAAGGACAACUGGGUGGGCAUUGAGCUGGAUGUCCCAAUUAAAGGCGUGCGGUACUUCAAAUGCACCAUGAACCACGGUCUCUUCGUCACAAAAGACAAAGUGAUGCUGCUGAAGAAGGUCGCUGCCAAGCCCCCGGCAGUAGGCUCGCUGCCGGUCAAGAGCCCGGCCUCGUCCAAGGCGCCGUCGCCCGCUCCCUCGGCGCCGUCCUCCCCGCGCGGCGAGCCGGCCGCCUCUUCGCCGGCUCCCACGCCGGUCUCCUCGACUCCUCCCUCGCCGACCUCGUCGACCGUCGCUUCGCCCUCCCUCGCCUUCUCCGCACCGGCCGAAGCCGAAGCCGAAGCGGUGGAGGAGAAGGGAGAGAAGGCCGAGGCCGAGAGCAAGGAGGAGCCUGCCCUGCCCACGCCCACCCUCGCGGCACCGGCGCCACGGCCGACGACGACCACCACCACCUCGACCCCGUCGGCGCCGUCCACGCCCUCGGUCUCUAAUACGCCUGCAGCGGUCCCGUCCACCCCGACCACGACGAGCACGCCCUCCAGGUCGCUCGCCCAGGCCGCCUCGCCGUUGAGCGCCGAGUCGACCGCCCUCUUCACAACGCUGCAAGAGCUGAGCGAGUUCAAGAAGGACGCGCAGCAGAAGCUCAAGGCCUUGCAAAAGUCCCUCGACGAGGUGACCAAGGACAAGGACGCCAUCGCCAAGGAACUGGAGAGGGAGAAAAGGGAUCGGGACAAGCAAAUCGCCAAGAUGCAGAGGAAGUGGGAGGACGAGAAGGAGCAGCUGCAAAAGGCCUGGGACGAGGAGAAGGAGGAAAUGACCGACGAGCAGGCCAACCUCAGCGAGACCCUCGAAAUGAUGACCCUCGACAAGGAGCUCGCCGAAGAGAAAGCCGAGUCAUUGGAGAAGAAGCUGGAGAAGAUCAAGAUCAAGUUCAAGAUCGGCAGCCUGGGAGACGAUGAUGAGGAGGACGACGAUGACGUGAGCGGCACCGACGAAGACGACGACAACGAUGACGGUCGGCGAGAGAAGGCCAGGGAGUCGGGGGACGACGGCGAGAAGGCGGUGCUCCAGUUGCAGAUCCAGAGGCUCACCGACGCGCUGAUGAAGCUCAAGGACCUCAGCGUGAUGGAGAAGAAGGAGAGCGAGAAGAAGAUCAGACAGCUCGAGCGGGAGAACGACAACAUCCCCGUGCUCGAGGAGAAGAUCGUCAAGCUCAAGGACGACGUCAAGAAGGCCAACGAGAAGAUCGAGCAGCUCAAGGAGCAGCUCGACGUCGCCCUGGAGGCCGAGGACAUGGUCGAGGAGCUCAGCGACAAGAAGCUCGAACUCGAAGAGCAAGUGCAAGAGCUGCAGCAGACUGUGGAAGACCUGGAGCAGCUCCAGCAGGUCAGCGAGGAGCUGGAGGAGAGCCACGCCGAGGUGGAGAAGCAGCUCAGGACCGCUCUGUACAAGAAGGAGAUCCAGUACCUGGAGAGCUUGACCAAGAUCAAGAACCAGCAGGGCGAAAUCGAGGACCGCGAGAAGACGAUCGACCAGUUCAGGGAGAAGGUCAACUCGCUGCAGCUGCACGUCAAGCAGUACGAGGAGAAGGAGGAGGACCUCGCCAGCGAGGCCCGCCAGCUCUCCACCAAGUCCCAGGCCCUCCUGGACCAGAACAUUCAGCUCAAGUCCCAAGUCACCAAGGUGGCGGCGAUGGGGCUGGAGCGCGAGCUGUUCCGCCUGGACGUGCUGCAGGCGCGCAAGCAGCUGUCCUUCAUUCAGGCGUUCCUGCCGGAGGAGAUCCUCAGCCGCGACAACGAGUCGCUGCUGCUGCUGCUCACCCUGGACCGCCUGGUGUUCAAGUCCAAGCUCCUCAUGGGCCACCUGCAGAGCUACUACAAGCUCGACCAGCUCUCCUUCAACCUCAUCAACGACGUCGAGGUGCAGUACACCAACGACGAGCUCCUCUUCGCCUGGGAGCUCUACUGGGGCGUGUCCAAGGUCCGGUUCUACACGUCGAGCCUGCGCAAGGUCAUCAACGACCCGAGCGUAUGCCCGCCCGAGGUGUUCGUCAGGUCCGGGCGAGCCGCGCUCGAUCUGCUGCCCUACGAGGGCACCAUGGACAUCAUCCUGCAGCUCAUCAAAAAGGAGGAGCUCAACCACAACUACGACAUCUCUCUCUUCCGCUCGGUCCAGGACAAGAUGAGCCGACUCGUCAACCAGUACAUCUUGGAGGAGGGCAGCGCUCUCAACGACAGCUCGGACGGCAUUCCGCUCAGGCGACAGCUGUCGGCCCGAGGCACCGGCGUGGCGGCGCUCUGCCCUCCGGAGUGGAAGUCCCUGCGGCACGAGGUGGACGGCAUCCUCUUCGUGGAGAACGUGUUCCUGGUGCUCUACAACCAGCUCCGGACGCUCCUCAAGACCCCGACCCCCGCCGACGGCGCCACCGGAGCCGCCUCGCCCCGCGGCACCGCCAACGCCUCGUUGGCCAUCCCCAUUCGGUUGGUUCGCGAUGCCAUCGAAGUCUGCCGCAAGCUGCAGAAGCACCUGCAGGAGAAGCCCUCGCUGCCGCGGCACUAUGCCUCCAAGCUGGAGCGAAACAUGGUCACCUGCUUCACCACCAUCUCCGGCGCCAUCGAAGUCUUCCGCCAGCUCUUCGUUUACCUCCGGAGCACUGCCACGGGCCAGGACUCGACCAAGGACAAGGAAAUCAGGUCGGUGCUGCCCGAUAUCGUCGCCAAGGUCAUCACGGACAAGGCCUCCGCGGCGGAAGAGGAGGACAUGAAGGACCUCGAGGCCACCACCGCCGCCAAGCCGAGCAGCAGCAGCGACGGAGAGCAAGAGUCGGAUGAGGCGGGCCAGGAGCCGAAGGGCAAGGAGAAGGAGCGGAGCGAGAACGAGGCCCAGGAGCAGGAGGACGGACCCGAGGAGAAGGGCAGCGAGUGGAAGUGGCUCUCGGCGCUGUUGGAGGAGACCUACUCGUCGAUCGUCGGGGUGAGCGACAAGAUCCUCAACUCGUCCAACUUCAUCAACCCCGACGCCUCCAUCAACAUCACCCCUCUCUCCACCCCCAACGCCGCCUCAUCUUCCUCGACCCCCGCCCCCGCAGGCGCCCCGGCAGCGAAGACUCUUACCCCCUACUCGUCCACUUCCUUCACGCCGGCCUCCGGAUCCUCCGCUCCCAACUCGCCCUCCCUGCGAGCCACAGAGUCUCAGCCGAGCUGGAAGCAGCGCGCUGAUGCCGUGCGAGCUGAGCUGGCGGCGGCGGCCUCGGUCCGGUCGAAGCUGAUCGAGGCGGAAGUCCUCGCGCAGGAACGGCUUGUCAAGUUGGGCCUGCAGGAGAACGAGAUCAAGGAGCACAUUUCCCGCUACAACGUCCUCCAGAUGCACCUCACCGCGCUUCAGAAGAAGGAGGCCGAGCUGUCCGAGAAGAUGGAGAAACAAACCGCCGAGCACGUAUCACAGGAGAAGAUGUACGAGGACGCCAUGGAGACCAUUCAGAAGGAGAACGAACAGCUGCGCCAGCAGAUCAGGUCCCUGCGGGUGGACAUUCGACACCUCGAAAACGCCAAGAAGGAGGCCGAGGAGCAGCGAUCGGAGCUGCCGUCGCUCGAAGUCGUGUCGGUGGAGAUCAAGGCCCUCAAGCGGGCGCUGGUCCUACUGCGGCGGCAGAACAGCGAGCUCCUGGCGCGCGAGGGCCAGAAGAGGCUGCGCACGCUUCUCCCGCCCAUCUCCGACGUCGAAGCUCGGUGUGCCCACUUCACGCCCCUUCAGCAGCAGCUGCAGCAGGACCAGAACGCCGAGGAGGAGGAGGACCUGGUCGAGCAGGCGCGAGCGAAGAAGAGAACCGCCACCAUCGCCGCGAUGAACAGGCGCAACGCUGAGGCCCAGCAGUUCCUCGCCCAGAUUCAGUCCGUCAAGGCGGCCAGCAAGGUGAUCGACUUGACCCUUUCGGGCACGGAAACGCCCAGCCAGCAAUGGGCCAACAGGAGAUUGGCUGCCGUCAAGCUCGAGGCGCAAUGCAAGCAGGUGAAGGAGAAGCUCGGCGCCGCCCUCCUCGAUUCACACUCGCCGGCCAAGAUCACCUCUGACUUUGCGUCGUUCCCUUCGGCCCAGCUCUCCAAGACCCUGUUGCAGGCUCAGCCGGUGGGCAAGCUGGCUCUCCCGCAGGUGCCAAUGCUCUCGGCGGCCGGCGCACCGCCAGCGGACCAGCACAACAGCACCGGGGAAGUGCGAACGCAGAUGCAGGACCUGCUGGGCCGACUCAAGCACGGCAGCAGAACGCGCGUGACCCUUAAUCCGCGCCAGCUGCAGCACGUCCACUCGCUCGUGCUCUAG